AUGAGGGACAAAAGAGGGCCCCUUGGCACCUGCCUGGCACCAGUGCAGCGGGCCAGAGGAGGUGAUUUGGACAAACUGUUACACAGCCUUAAGAAAAGAAUGCUGAAGGAGGGCCCCUGGCCUGCAGAUGCACCCUCCUGGAUCAAUAAGCCUGCGGUUGACAGAAAGUCACAGAGUGCUGCAUUAUCACUGGAAAUGAGAAAGGAUCCUAGUGGGGCUGGCCUCUGGCUUCACAGUGGUGACCCAGUGUUUCCACAUGUGAAAGAAUUAAUAAGAAGAAAUCUAGCCUCAGUAGCCACUCUGAGCGCAGCCAUGGGUUUGUUCUCUGCUCCAACAGAGUGUUUUGCUGGGGUGUCCUGCAGUGGUGUUGAAGCUCUGAGGUGGGACUGGCAAGGAGGAGGGCCUGAGGCCGACGGCCACAGAGGACAGUGCCCCAAAGGAGAGCCUCAGGUGUCAGGACUGCCACACCAUCAAAAACUGCUGGAAAUGGGAAGUUGUCAGGAUGACCCACCAAGUGAUUUUCCCGAGUGUCUGGGCUCUGAGUUGGAACCCUCUUGCCUGCACUCCGUCCUGUCUGCAGUGCUGCACGUGUGUCUAGAAGUGCUCCUGGAUGAUGAGACAGAACGAGUUUUCCUUGACUGUUUAAAGUCCAUGUUUUCAAAGCAAACAGUAGAAUUCAAGAAAAUGCUUAAAAGCACCUCAAAUAGUCUCCAGAUGACACUGGGGUUACUGGUUCUGCAACCUUUUGAAUUAGCAAAUUCAUUAUGCCAUAGUUAAGGUCCAAGCAGAACAAUAAAAAUAGGUUAAUUUUAAGAGUUGUCUUAGAACGAUUUCUUUCCCAUUAAGUCUGGAUGCAAACCGUGCAGCCCUUCAGUUCCUGCUGUGGUUUUUUAUGACUCGACAGACUUCAAGUAAAUUGAGUUGAAAUUCAAAGCUGGUUGAUGUGGAAGAAACUUUUUUAGCAUGUGUUAAAUUGUGCUUUCAAAGACAUAAAGAACUGGGAAACAUUUCAGGAGACUAUCAUAGCCUGUAUAAAUAUCAGAUUAGAACAUACAGAUUUACCAUGAAAUUCUGUCUUCAACACUCAUUCUAAAGGGCUACUGUCCGAAGUCCUGUGUGUUCCUUCGGCUUGUCUGAUCACCCAAUGGAAGUGGAUAUUCGUGAAGUUUACACCGCUGUACUUGGCAUUAAGCCUUGCUGAAUUCGUAGUAAGCUGUUACCAUUUCUGCAUUUUGUAGAUGGUUUUCGUGUGCAGCAGAAUUCGAUUUCCCUUCUCACACCCCUUUCCUUUCACGUGAAAUGUGAUUUAGACAGAGGCCCUGGGGUGAAAGUUGCAAUAUUAAGCUUACCUUUCGAGGAGUCCCUUCUCAAACUCGGAACCCUAGCAGUGUUACCUUCAACGAAAAAGAGCUUGAGAAAGAGGUAGCUCCAUUACAGAGAAGCAAAUCAAGUUACUUCCCUUCUAAAAAGUUUCCCGGAUUCUAGGAAUUGCAGUAUCUUGUGCCCUCAGAUUUUUCAGGUGACUCCUUUUGUUGUCUGCUGAUAACUUUAAUAACGAUAAUUUAAGGGCAUAAGUUUUUAAGGACUCCCAAAGUGAGACUUAACCAUUUUGGGGAUUACUGAUUGCAUAUACCAGUUUAUAUUGUGUGCCGAAUUAUGCCAUGUGCUAUUUUAGUGUUUGGAGGAAACGAAAAAUAAAAUUUGUUCUUUAGCUUAAUAAAUAUGUCUUAUUUUA